ACGUAUUCUUGCUGUUUCUUACUACGAUUCUGUGUGCUGCGCAGAACGUUCCGGUGCACUCUAAUGCGCCUGUCAGCGAUAACUGCUUUACUCACCGGCCAUAUGCCGCGUGACCAUCGUUCGACAGAUCGCGUGUUCAUUGUUUGAGACGGUCUGUUCUUGACAUGUCAGUGCACCUAAGUAGAUUUCUACUUCCGUUUAUUGCUAGUAUUAAUGCCGAAUUGGGAAUUACGAUCUUGGCCGGUUAUUUCUCUUCGUUGUUCAGCAGUUUGGUUUUCUUGUUGUAAGCCACAGCGUAAGGCGUUGAGUUUUGCUUUGAAAUGUUGUAACUGCGUAGAAAUUUUAAUGGUAACCGUAUCACGGUAUCGAUAUGCACGUGCUUUAGUAUUGAAAUAUAUUGUUCUGGCUUUUGCUUGAUUGAUUUGUUCCGAUCCUGGUGCGGCCGUAUGGAAUCAUCUUUUUAGAUUUUGUCCAGCCAAAUUACGCAUAUUAAAGAAGUACUUAAUGCAUAUCUUGUGCUGUGUAGUUCCGUUUUUCGUUUCGACAAGCGUGAUUGUGCGUACAAGUCGGUGUAAUUUGGAAAUAUCGUGGUUGAUGUGUUUUUGGCGUAACUUCGGAUUUAUUUUAACUGUCACGGGCCGUUAAUCAUGGCUGUAGCGCAUUCCGUAGCGUGGAGAAAUGUGUUGCGGUCUUCUUCAGCUUCGGCAUCACAGUUAUUCUUGCUUUGGACACUUGCCAGCUGCAUUCAAGUCUCACACAGUGCCAUUCAUGCCGUUGAUCCCGGAGACGAUGAACUACCUGAGGGCUUCAUCAAGAAAACAGUGGACUUACCACUGAACAGUAAAAGCGAGCAAGGGACCAUUCACACCGGAUCGGCUGCAUCCGUAUCCGUCAAGGCACUGAUUGAUCGACCGGAAAUUGUAAUGGAGACGGCGGAUGAGUCAGUCAAAUUUCUAAAUGCCAUCGCAACUUCCGAAGACCAUUCUGUCGUGAACGGAGAUGUUUCAGCUAGCCAACGCGUUACCUUCCGAGAUUUGGUUGGAGGAAGCCAUUACUUCAUCUACGCGAAGCUGUUACAGAACGGUCGGAAUGUUCUGCGCUCCUUUAAGAAAACGACUUGCGAGUUUGUUUACUGGCGCAAUCCGCUUCCUCCGGUUGGUGUUGAUGCGAACAAGAGCCUGACGACCACGGACAGCAUCGUGCUGGAAUGGUUCAAGCCGUUCGAUACUCGCGUUCAAGGCUACCAAAUCCUAUACCAACGCGGCAAUGUCGGAGCCAUCACGCACCCAGCGGAUCCGAAUGUAAUCAACCUUUUCAACGCCAGCACGACAAGUUUCAAUGUUACCGGACUGGACUCGGGCACCAAGUAUUCGUUCCGAAUGAUGAGUUUUAUGGACAAUGUUGUCAGUGGGGAGAGUCAUUCUGUCCUCGGUUGCACUCGUCCACUCAAGCCUAGUUUCAGCGUGCAACCUCUGCCGGUGAAGCUGAUGUUGCAGAUUCAACGGCCGUCGAAUAGCACGAAAUACUACCGGGUGCAACUGCGGAACCUCGAUGUGGAAGAUGCGCUGGUGCGGGAAAUCACCAUUCGCAACGACUCAUUGGUUGUCAACUACUCCAUUUCCAUCGACUAUUUGGGAGCGACGUAUGAAGUUCGUAUAGCAAUUGUCGCUUGCGACCUGCUCAGCGAAGAAGCGAUGCACAUUGUUCAUUCGAUGCCGCCGGCUGUAAUCUACUCGUCUUUUCCGUCUACGAUCGAAGUUACCCAAACCUCGGUCAAAUUUCCUGUCCAGACCAGCUGGAAGGCAAAGUACAGUUUCUUCACAAGGUUCGUCUUCGCUGUGGAUGGGAUGCCACCAAAAUAUGUCUUGCGGAAUGAUGAGGACAUGCAUGUUGUGGAGUUUACCGGUCUCGAUCCCGGGAGAAAAUAUAAAAUCCUGGGAUGGACCGAGCGAGGGGAUGUGCAGAGUGAUAAGCGGUUUCUGAUGGUGCAGCUGAAGCCUAACAAAGUUACCACGCUCAAUAUUGCUAGGAUUACCAGCCAUAGCAUCGAUACUUCUUGGGAACCCCCCGGCGGCAUCGUCGGGGAUUACGAGAUCGGUUGCAACAACACUCUGCCAGUUUCUACCAACGCAACACCUUGCAGUUUCACCGGCUUGCGUUCCUCUACAGUUUACUCGAUAUACGUAAUGGCGCGUAGUGGCCGCGAACGCAGUGCAGCUUUGACAAAAUUUGUCAAAACUUUGGAUGCCAAGAAGUAAAAAGUGAAUCUGCUGUAGAUCAAAAUGCUCUAUUAACGACCCAUAAGA